AUGUCAUCCAGCAGCUCCAAGAGCUCGCAGGCCCGCCUGCGGGAGGCGCUGACGGCUGGCGCGCCUGCAGCAGCAAAAGGGCCCCCAGUUGCUGAUGGCGUGCUCUCCGUCACCCCAGACACCGCCGAGGCGAUAGAGUGGAGGAGCAGGCAGUCGGUGGUGGACCGCAUCGCCGCCUGCUCCUCCUUCCUCGAAGACGACGACGAGGGCCCCCAGACCGAGGAGCUGUACGGCAAGUUCACUUGGAAGCUGGAGAAGUUUGGGGAGAACGGCAAGCGGGAGCUGCGCAGCAACAUGUUUGAAGUGGGCAGCUACAAGUGGUACCUCCUCGUCUACCCGCACGGCUGCGACGUGGCCAACCACCUCUCCCUCUUCCUCUGCGUCGCUGACUACGACAAGCUGCUGCCCGGGUGGAGCCACUUUGCGCAGUUCACCAUUGCCGUGGUCAACCAGGACCCAAAGAAGUCCAAGUACAGCGACACGCUGCACCGCUUCUGCAAGAAGGAGCACGACUGGGGGUGGAAGAAGUUCAUGGAGCUGAGCAAGGCGCGGCGCGCCGCCUGCCAGGGCUGCAGCCUGCGGGCCGCCUGCCGGGGCUGCUGCUUGUUGUCCAGAGAUAGGCUCUUGUGCUGUUGCGCAUUGGUUGUGCUGGAUGGCUUCACAUUUGACGACACUCUGGUGAUCAAGGCGCAGGUGCAGGUCAUCAGGGACCGGCCGCAGCUUCCCUUCAGGUGCCUGGAUGGGCAGUACCGUCGGGAGCUGGUACGGGUGUACCUCGCCAACGUGGAGGGCAUCGCGCGGCGGUUUGUGGAGGAGAAGAAAGAAUAUCUGCAGCGGCUGCUGGAGGAGGGCCGCGGCUUCAAGCAGUUCUGGCGCCGCCUGAAGCCCGAGCGGCAGCGCCAGCUGGCGGCGGCGCCGGCGCCCGCGGUGCUCAAGGGCGUGGUCAAGCGCUUCUUCAAUGAGAAGGAGGUCACCUCCACCCUGGUGAUGGAUGCCCUCUACUGCGGCACUAAGCUUCUGGAGGAGGUGGGCCGCUGCCGCCUGGAGGAGCAGGGAGGCGGCGGCGGCGGCGGCGGCGGCGGCGGGGAGCCUGCGGGCGUGCUCCUCGACGCCAAGCGCGGCCUCUUCUUCUUCGCGGGGGAUGCCGUCAGCAUCCUGGAGCGCGCGCUCGCCGACGUCAUCCCCCCCUUCCAGUCCGACAAGCAGCAGGGGGAGCUGCCGCUGCGAACGGCGCAGGAGGCUGGCGAGUGCAGCCGCGACGCCAUUGAGCGCGACGAGUGGCGGCUGGCAGACCUGGGGCGGCGCUGCGUGGAGAUGUUUGCCGCCGCGCACAUCGCCGCCACACACAUGGAGGCUGCGCAUCAGGAGGCGGAGGUCAUCAAGCGGCAGGAGGCAUUGCUGUUUGAGGAGGAGGAGCGGGAGCGGGAGGAGGGCGCGCGGCAGGCGGCGCGGGCCGAGGCGGAGCGGGAGCGGCGGGCCAAGAAGAAGGAGCGGGCCAAGCGGAAGAAGGAGGCGGAGCGGGUGAAGAAGGAGGCGGAGGAGGCGGAGCGGCAGCAGCAGGAGGAGGCGCGCCGGCUGGAGCUGCUGCGCAGGCACCAGGAGGCAGAGGAGCGGCGCAGGAAGGAGGAGGCGGAGCGGGAGCAGGACCUGGUGCGCCAGCGGGCUGCCGCCAAGCAGGUGGCAGAGGCCAAGCGGCAGCAGCAGGAGGCGGCGCGGCGCGCCAGGAAGCAGCAGGAGGCGGCGGCGGCGCGCCACCAGCAGCAGCAGGCGGCCGAGGAGGCGGCGGCGGCGGCCGCGGAGGCCGCCAGCAGCAGCCGCAGCAGCAGCAGCUGCGGCAGCGAGGGCGCGGCUGCAGGGCCCGCGCCGCUGAGUAGAGCGCUGUCGGAAGCGUCGGACGGCGGGGCGGCGGCUGGGCCGGGGCCCUCUGCCCGCGGUGGCGGCGGUUCCGCCGGGACCCUCACGCCCCCCAGCGCACCCAGCUCGCGGGCCGCCACCCCAGAGGCAGGCAGCCUGGCGGCCGCUGGCAGCCUCGCGGCCGCGGCGGCCGUGGCGGCGGCGGCCGGCGGUCGGGCCGGCGAUGGCGGCGGCGGCGGCGGCGGCGACACCCCCGCCGCGGCCUCGCUGCUGACAGAGGACUCCAGCCUGCUCAGCGCGUCCUCGGACAUCGGCAGCGAGGUGUCGGAGGCGGAGGAGGAGGCAGAGGCGUUGCGGCGCCAGCUGGCGUGGAUGGAGUCCCGCCUGGCGGCCAAGGACGCGCAGCUGGCGGCGCUGCAGGCGCGGGUGGGGGAGCUGGAGGGGCAGCUGGCGGCGUCGGCCGCCAGCUCAGUGGCCGCCAGCUCAGCGGCUGCCAGCUCAGCGGCUGCCAGCUCAGCCGGGGCCGGCUCGCGGCCCGCCUCGGCCGCCUCGCUGGCAUCGCACCACCGCCGCAGCUCUUCGGCAGACCGCCCUCUAUCGGCUGGCAGCGACCCGGGGCCUGCAGAGGCCAGGGCAAAUGGCCUGGGGCCCCUGGGGGCUCACGGCUCCGCCGCGGCGGCUUCGGGACGCGCGCCCGCCAUGCCAGCCCACAGCCACAGCCCACCAGGCCCCGCCCCGGCCGCCGCCGCCGCCGCCGCCGCCGCCGCCGGCCAGCGCCUGCCGCCGUCGCAGCAGCAGGCGCCGCGGGCGGCGGCCGGGGCCGCGGCGGCGGGCCGACACGCGCAGCACGCUCAGCAGCCGCUGUCGGCGGCGGCCGCGCUGCGGCAGCAGGGCUCGCCCUCGCUGGCGCGCGGGACCGGCGGCGCGGCAGGCAUACCCAUGAGCAUGAACCCCGCCGCACAGCAGUUCAAUCCCGCCGGCAGCAGCUUUGGCGGCCCCAAGCACACGGGGUACGCGGCUGCGGCAGCGGGCGAGCCCGCGGGCCCGCCGCCGGCCAACGGCGCCGCCACCUACCGCAACGCGGUGAUGAGCGCCAGCCUGGCGGCCGCCAUGUCAUCGCUCGGCAUGGGCAGCGGCAGCGGCGGCUCAGCGCCCCCGCGCGGCGCGCCCAGCGGUGGCAGCAGCGGCCGCAACAGCGUGGACGGCAUCGGCGGCUUGGUGGCCAAUGGCGGCGGCGGCGCGGCCGCGGGGCCCGGCACCAGCGGCACCAGUGCCAGCGGAGAGGGCCUGUACGCCCGGCCGCCUGCGGUGGUGCUGCCACGGGAGGCGGCAGGCAGCUUCACCAGCCCGCUGCCCGGCGGCGGCAGCAAGCGGCCGGUGGAUGUGCCGGCGGCGGCGCUGGAGUCGCCCGGCUUUGACGACUUUGCACACAUGGGCCUCAUUUCUGAUCUGCUGGAGUGA